AUGUCAGUUGACAUUUUCGAUGCAGAUUUAUCAGUUAGUCUUACGCCAGCCAGUACCGCAUUGUCAGCACGUCCGACCGUCAAAACUCUUCCUCCAGACAUUCUAAUACGCAUUCUUAAAUAUCUUCCAAUAUGCUCGCUCAUAAACUUUGCGCAAGCGUGUCGAAGAUUCAAAGUACUUGUAUAUGACGAUGAGCUUUGGGAAAGUCAUUUGAAAAUGCUCGGAGAGUGGGAAGAUCCAAUUCCGGAACUGGAAAUGGAAAUGGAGACAGACUUAGAAGCGGAUGUAGAGGAAAAUGUAGAGCAAAACGUAGAUAACAGCAAGCUCACAUAUGAAAAUGCGAGGGAUACUAUAAAAGGAUUAGUCAAUGCUGUACUAGAUGCGGCUCCUUUAAAGAGCACAUUAGCUCCAUCAAUAAAACCCGUAACACAUGAAUCUUCUGUGGUUUUAUAUUCUUCUGGGAAUCUGCUAGAUUUCGCUUCUCAUGACGAGAAUUCACAAAGAACAUUAAGUUUGAUACCUGGACUUUCACCAGAUCCAUUUUCGCAAAAGUCCCGCGCUGCGUCGACUGGCUUUGCGCGUGCUCGAUUCAAGGAGAUAUACGUGGACUUGAUACCGUAUUAUUUAGAUUUUAGGUAUAAACGAACGGACAGUAAAGUAUUUAAAGAAUUUCCUGAUCAAUUCGAGCAGGCUGGGAUGCUGUCUAAAUUGGCAACUUUUGGAAAGUUGAAUGUUGUGCAUGACUCUGAUCAGAUAAAUAAUGCCAUUGAGACUACGAUGGAAUACAUGGAAAAUUCAGCAUUGCACGACUUUGAGCUGGCAUACGACGCUCUUAAUGUGCCUGGACUACGGAAAUGGGCAAGCUUAUUAACAGAAUUGAACGGGGGCAGCUCGUGUGUACAAUCAUUUAUACAAAAGAAUUCGAUAUUUUUCGAUCGUCUUCAUGAUCCUAUGGAAAAUUUCAACGUAUCUACCAGCGAGCAUGAUUAUGCGCCAAUGAAAGAGUUUUUUAAAUAUGUGGAAGAGGAAUUAGUAAAGCAAGCAAUACUUAUCGGACAAGUAUUCCCCAAGGAAGUGCAGGUCUUUCAUACGUUCUGUGAGCGGGUUAUUGAAGAUGUCGUUACAGAUUAUGUGACGACUGUACUUGAAGAGAUACAUAAAUUGGACACAAUACCCUACUUGAAAACAGUCACCAUAAUAUUCAAACUGUAUCAACAUGUCGCUGAGGUGUUAUGGAAGGAGGCUUCUCCGGGACUCAAUCAAAUAAUUGCAGAGGAUUUGUUGUAUCAAAUGUUUGAACAAAUUGCAGAAAUAUACUUGGCGGAGGAAUUAGCUCUGGUAAAAUUCAAGAGUGAAGAAGAGGUUGAGAAGUGGAACAAGAAG